AGAGAAAGAUCUUCGAUACAUUGGCAAAAUUUUGGAUGGAUUUUCCUUGGCUUCUAAACCGUUAUCUUCUAAGAAAAUUUAUCCACCUCCUGUGCUUCCAAGAGACUAUCGACCGGUGCAUUAUUUCAGACCUGUGGUGGCUGCUACUUCUGAGAAUUCCCACUUACUUCAGGUAUUAUCGGAGUCAGCGGGUAAGGCAGUACAUGACCCAGUGACACAUAGUAAGCACCAACUGAAUGCCUCCAAGCGGGCGGAACUGCUAGGAGAGACGCCUAUUCAAGGCUCAACUGCGUCAGUGUUAGAAUUUCUAUCCCAAAAAGAUAAAGAGAGAAUCAAAGAAAUGAAGCAGGCCACUGACCUCAAGGCAGCUCAACUCAAGGCCAGGAGUCUGGCACAGAACGCCCCAAGCAGCAGACCUCAGCCCUCCUCUCCAGGUGUUGGACACUGCUCUUGGCACAUGGCACUGGGUGAUGGGACAGUCACUACAAGAGCCAGCAACUUCAAACCUUUUGCAAAAGAUCCGGAAAAGCAAAAACGAUAUGAAGAGUUCUUAGUGCAUAUGAAACAGGGUCAAAAAGAUGCCCUGGAACACUGUCUGGAUCCCAGUAUGACAGAGUGGGAGCGAAGCCGUGAGCGGGAUGAGUUUGCCCGGGCGGCCCAGCUGUACGUGUCUUCCCAUUCGACCUUGUCCUCCAGAUUCACUCAUGCCAAGGAGGAAGACGACUCAGAUCAGGUUGAAGUCCCUCGAGACCAAGAG